UCGCCAGCAUUCAAGGCUGCGGAGCAUCCUCGUCUCGCGGAGUAUGUGCGUGGACGUGCAAUCAUGAAUUAAAGUCGCGUCUCAACAAGUGACGGUAAGCGCAGUUUCGAGUGAACGCAAAGAAGCGUUUCCGAAAGGAGUUUGUUAUGACGCGGCCGUCUGUCGCGUCAGAUCUUCCAGUUCAGUGGAUCGCAGUAGCGUAGUGCGCAAAGUGUUUCGCUUGUUGCAUAGUUGCCAAGGCGACAAACGUGCGUACGUGCGUGCGUACGUGCGUGCGUGCGUGCGUUUGUGUGCGUGCGCGCGUUGCGUACCUACGAGUACGCGGUGUGUUAUGAUAAGAGACCGAUCGGCGUCAAUAUCGGGACGCAAUUCUCGUGUCACCUUCAUCAUCGCCACUACCACCGCCGCCGCUGCCGACGACGACGACGACGACGACGCUUCGAUGCUCCUCAACGACGUAGCCUGAAAAGAGCCGCCGCGCAUCAUGGACUACCCGGUGUUGGGCCACUACGAUCCCACGGUAGAGGCCACCGACCACGGUAGCGGCGAAGAAGAACAGGAGCUACUUUGGGAGGAAUGUAAUUAUGUCGUACCUGGGGAAGUACCUACUGAAUAUGUACCUGCGACGGAACAGUUUGGAGAGGACUUUGCCGGAGCCGAGUUUCAUGAAACUAGAGCAUUGCUCGCCGAUGGCGGAGACAGAUUUGGAGUGUCCACUGCCAUUUUCGAUACGUUCGAAGAGCUUAUGUGGAUGGGGAAUCAAGGGGGUCAUGUAACAUCCUACUAUGGACCUGGCUUACAAAAAUAUACCUCUUUUCAAGUCCACGCGACACAAGAGAUACGGCAUAUUCAUGCUAUAGAUGAGGGUAUCUUAGUGUUGUCUCAGACUCAAUUAAGAUGUCAAUUACGAAGAGGCAUACCUAUAUUCACCCACACAUCGGUGAAUAUGAAUGACAUGCAGUGUAUGCUGCAAAUCUCCCCAACUAGACUACUCAUGGGUGGACAUCAGGAUAAAAUAAUUGAUUUUAAUCUUAGUAGAGGAAAAGAGACUGGAUUAGUGGAUGUAGAUGAGCGAGGUUGUGCGAUACUGCGACAACACAGUAGGCUUAUUUGUGCUGGUAAUCCUGCGGGAAGAAUAGAUCUCAGGGAUCCAAAUACAUUAUCAAUAGAGCAUACUUUGGAUACGCAUAGUGGUUCUUUAAGUGAUUUUGAUGUUCAAGGAAACUAUCUUGUUACAUGUGGGUUCAGCAACAGUCGUCAGGGGCUCACUGUCGAUCGAUUUUUAAUGGCCUACGAUUUGAGACAAAUGAGAGCAUUAAGUCCAGUCACCACUAUGGUGUAUCCUCUUUUAUUAAAGUUCCUACCGAGUUAUUCCAGUCGGCUCGCAGUGGUGUCGCCGCUAGGACAAAUGCAACUACUUGAUACAAUAUAUGCUAAUGUACAACCAUCAGUGACAUGUUUAUAUCAGGUUGCUACUGGUGGCGCGGCGAUAUUAUCCUUUGAUGUAGCUUCCACAUCUCAAUGUCUUUGUUUUGGAGAUUCAGCGGGCUCUAUACAUUUAAUGUCUACCAACAACCCAGAACCUCAAUUCAAUACAUUUUCUAGGCCUACGGAGUUUGCUGAUCCAAUUGAGACUCUACCAUCAAUUCCGUUGGAUGACGAUGUUACUCCGUACAGUAUUAUACCAAUGGUAUAUUCAGAUCAACCACUUCUAAGUGAUUGGCCUGAAGAAUUUAUAAAAAAAGUUUACAGAAAAACUCCACCAAUAGAUCCUGAAAUCUUGCGCACAAUGAAAAUGCAGGGAACAAUAGGAUAUGCGCCAAAUCCUCAGGCUUUUCGCAGAAAUCAAAUACCGUACAAUCUGGAAAAACGACGUGGCUUAAUCGCGAAACCCUUCGCGGGGGACUCACGGUCUAAAACAGAUGACGGCACCUUUGUAGCCAUACCUAAGCGUUAUCGUAAAAUCGAGUUGAAAUACUCACGACUUGGUUAUGAUGAUUUUGAUUUCGAUCAGUACAAUCGAACCAGCUUUUGUGGCCUGGAAGCUACACUUCCCAACAGUUAUUGCAAUGCUAUGCUGCAGUUGCUUUAUUAUUGCGAGCCUGUAAGGGUAGCAUUGCUCUCGCAUUCGUGCCAACGAGAGUUCUGUCUUUCUUGCGAAUUGGGAUUCUUAUUUCACAUGCUGGAUACAUCCCGAGGAUUUCCUUGCCAAGCUGCGAAUUUCCUUAGAGCUUUUAGGACAGUACGAGAGGCAUCAGCUUUAGGACUUAUACUGAACGAUCCAGAAUCCAAGAAAAAAAUCAAUCUAAUUAUGCUCAUACAAAGCUGGAAUAGAUUCAUUCUACAUCAAAUACACUACGAAAUACUGGAAACGAGGAAGCGACAGCAAAAGGAAGAGGAGGCAGCACGACUUCUAAAAUCAGGUUGCAAAUAUCCUCCAUUUGUUUAUAACGAACAGGAUUUCCCGAGCAUCCUCGAAGAUCUUGGUUCUCGAUAUAGAAGCCAUGAUGAUGAAAGGAAAAGAAAGAGAAAGCAGGAGGAGGAUGGUAAAUAUAUGUGGAUCACAUCGAAAGACAAGACCACCAAAAAAUCCGAAGAGAAUGAAGUGCGAGAUGACGAAACAGAGAUCAGUCGUCUGUUUGGAUCUGAACAAAUGCACAUACAUCGUUGUCUCAAAUGUGGGCAAGAAGCUACAAAACAUUCCAUCAUGUUACUUUGUAACUUAGUUUAUCCGGAAAUAAUUAAUCCUUCUGAAGAGGUACCGUUCACAAAUGUUCUUGCCCGCAGUUUAAGACCUGAGAAAAUUACACCCGCAUGGUGUGACAAUUGCCAGAAAUUUACACCUACUCUCCAGUCUCGACAAUUGACUAAACUACCUCAAAUACUGGCUCUAAACUGCGGCUUAGAUACUCAGCAGGAUAAGGCAUUUUGGCAAAAUCAAAUGGACAUUGUAGUGCAAAACGUGUUGACGGGAAAGGAGAGCAGUCCCAGCUCCAGUCCUGUACCCGUCACCGCAAAGCCUUGUCGAUAUGGCAAUAAUUGCACACGAACUGGAUGUCGAUUUAGGCACGCUGGCCGCGAUUCAGAAACAGAAAAAUUAUUCUCAUCGUCCUCUACUCCAUCUACCUCAUCGAUCUCGGCGCCUGUUACAUCGCCUCCUAGUCAUUUAUAUUACUUGCACUCUUGGAUACCUCACAGCAUAGAGAUCUCUCUCGAAGAAAACGGAGAAAUGUCGGUUAAAAAAAUCAAUGAACUGAGAAGCGAAUUGAAUAACGACAUGUCCGCACAGAACUUGAUGGAGAACGGCCAAGAAGACAAAACGGUACAAAUAGUUUCCGAGAGUGUUGGGGAUAACAACGAAGAAAAUGUCGAAAAAUUGAAAAAUUGUAGUAUAGUAUCAAACGAGGAAGACAGUGAGGCCGUAAAAAGUACAAAUUUAGAGAUCUCUUGUAAUAUUCAAAAGAUACAGUACGGUCUCAGUGCUGUCGUCUGUUACAUCGACGAUAAGAAUAACGAGGAACGAAGAAACAUUGUAGCACUGUUAAAAGUUGGACCAAAUUAUCAUGAACGAUCGGGAGGCCACGCUGUAUCGCAAUGGUACAUCUUCAAUGAUUUCUGUAUACAACCGGUGACACCGCAAGAAGCGGUGUGGUUUAAUCUCGAUUGGAAAGUGCCGUGUGUGCUCCAUUACACAGCGAUACCUGCACCUGAAGUAACACAAUUUAUCAGCCCCCUUACGUACGAUGUAUUCGGAGAAGAUAAAUGUAUCGCUCGCAGUGGUGGAACUAGAGGCAUCACGUUUACUCCUCUGUCAUCAGACGAAAUGCCCAAAAAAGGAGAAUUGGUAGGAAUCGAUGCAGAAUUUGUUACCUUAAACCAGGAAGAAUCCGAGCUACGGAGCGAUGGAAAAAUGUCAACUAUAAAACCGAGCCAUAUGUCGGUCGCGCGAAUCACCUGUAUACGCGGGCAAGGUCCAUUGGAAGGAACACCGUUUAUAGACGAUUAUAUAAGCACUCAGGAACAGGUGGUCGAUUAUCUGACAAAAUUCAGCGGAAUUCAGCCAGGUGAUUUGGACGCAAAUUUUAGUAGCAAACAUCUCACAACUUUGAAAUCUACGUAUCAAAAAUUGAGAUUUUUAGUAGACAACGGCAUAAUCUUUGUCGGACACGGUUUGAAAAACGAUUUUAGGGUAAUAAAUUUGGUAGUGCCACCGGAGCAAAUAGUAGAUACAGUUUUGUUAUUUCACUUACCUCAUCAUCGUAUGGUAUCGUUACGCUUCUUGACCUGGCACUUUUUGGGUAAAAACAUUCAGUCUGAAACUCACGAUUCAGCCGAGGACGCACGAGCAGCAUUAGAAUUAUAUCGCAAGUACAAAGAACUGGAAAGAUCCGGCACAUUGAAAGAAACGCUGAAGGAACUCUACGAAGUGGGCACCCAAUUACAGUGGAAAGUCCCUGAUAGCUGAUACGAGGAUAACAUAUAUAACGAUUUAGAUGAAGAAAUCAAUAGUGAUAAUGACAAUUAGAUGAUAUGAAUGUUCAUGUGUCCAUUGUUCGACAUCAUUGUUCGAAAGGUACUCGGCAAGCGCCAUUCGCAUUCGGUAAAGUGUUGAUGUUUAAUCCAUUGUUAAAGAUGGGUUCGCAUACUCAUCGUUUCACAAUGAACAGAUUUAUUCAACGCACACGUAAUAUUAUUAGUAAAGGGAACUUUUUGUUGGAUCUCAAACCGCAAUAUCAUGAAAAAAUUGAAGAUUUAAGAACAUUGAUAUCCAUUUAGGCGUUGUUUUCGCUGUAUUAGAUCAUUGUUGCAUCUGUAUACCGAGAAUAUAUAUGGUAUACAUGUAUAUGGUAUACAGAGUAUCUCGAAAUUUACGACUCAAAAUAUAGUAACAAAGUUUUCGAAAAUUUAAGUAAAAUAGUUAUUUGUAGAUUUUUUGUUUCAAGUAAUUUUUUAUAAUGCUUAAAACUGGUCAAUUAGAAAUUACAUUUAGAUGGUGCUUGCAAUGUGGUCACUAAUACCGCUCACGCGACUCAUGUUACUUCUAAACAUGGUUUGUAAUUUGUCAAUUUUAAUUAUAUUUCAAAAAUUAUAUUUCAAAAAUUACUACUUGAAAUAAAUCUACGAAUAAUUAUUUUACUUAAUUUUUCGAGGACUUUCUUGCAUUACUAUUUUGAAUCGCGAAUUUCGAGACACUAUAUGAUAAUAGUCUAAAUUUUCAUAAUAAUUUACAUAUAUUAUCGUUUUAUGAUAAUACAAUAUCAUAAAUUGAUAAUGCUAAUACAAUAUAAAAUGAUAAUGUGUGUAUAUACACAUUUUAUGAUAAUACGCCGAAUUAUACAUUUUUUGUUAUUCUAUUUGUCGAUCGUAACAUUGAGAGGAUUGAAUGAAAAAAUUGUUGAUCGUGAUUUUAAAUAGAAAUUAAGCAUGAUGCGAAUUUGUACAUAUUGUCUAGGAUAUUGGCGUUUUGAGGAGCAGUAACGAUCUCGCACUGCCCAAUAGAAUAUUCUAAUUUCCUAUGAUUCAUAUUAUAUCCCAAACAUAACGUAUUCCAUCUUGAUCCAUUAAACAAUGCCGAAUAGAUGUAAAUAGUUAUAGCACAAUUAGCAAUAAUCACAUUAUCUUUAAGUACAUACGGUCUCACUAUUUUCUUUUUAUACGUAUUUUCUUUAGCGCAUCAACUUUAUCGAUUUUAAGAACGCAAAUUUUUUAUAAAAUAUUUCAUGGAGUUUAGUUUCCUCGAUUAUACACAGUCGCCUUCACAUUUUUGUAAAUACCAGUCACAUUUGCAGAUAACUGUUAUUCAUUGCCAAUUUUCGAAAUUGAUCCAUUUGCGCGAAAGGCUCUCAAAACGCGAAAAGAUCUAUUAACGAAGAUAUUGUAGUAUAUUUUACAAACUGACAACUGUAUGCAUUAUAAAUUAUUUUUAUAUACAUUUUAUCUAUAAAAGACUAUGGAGGAUACUGUCCAAAAUAUUUAUAAAAAAGACAAGAUUAAUAUAUUUUUUUAUAUUCGGAAGAUUUUUCUUAUAAUUUGGGCAUACAACAUACACUGGUUUCAGCGAUCAAUGCGAUUAGUAAAUAGCACAGACAGUAUACACAUUGAUCUUAAUCAAACAUUUGAUUUAUACCAAAAGCUGUUACGUCAUUGUAAUUUUACAAUAAAUUAUUAUAUAAAUUCAUUCAAAA